AUGCGACCGCUUACAACUGUGCUGUUCUUGCUGCUCGGCAUGGCCUUCAACACUUGGGGGCAGUACAUCACGCAAGUUGGACCACCCGGAGCCCCCGGACCAGUAGGCUCUCCUGGAAUAGUAGGCGAAAAAGGAGAGCGUGGGGAGCGAGGAAUUGUUGGCCGUCAGGGCCCGAUGGGUACUCCGGGAAACACGGGCAGACGAGGACGCGAAGGCGCUCCAGGCGCUAUUGGACCACCAGGUCGCCCUGGAAGGCGAGGUGAACGGGGUUAUCCUGGCGAACGAGGGCUAGAGGGACCACAAGGACCUGUUGGUCCACCCGGGCCGACUGGACCUGCUGCAGCUGCUACAGCUGCAACAGGUGGAGCUCGUCGGCGGAACGUUGUGGUGAUUGGAGGUGGAUCCGGAGUUCGACGUGGUUCAGCUCCCUACGAACUGGUGCCCGAAGAUGAGGUGGACUUUAACGAUGAUGUGAACGAUCCACCAGCUGGGUAUGUGAUAAAGCGUUAUUCCAAACGGGGAGAGAACUAUCAUGACUUGUGA